AGAAACAUGGGUGUUGGCUUAAAACCUUACUUCCUCGUUGCAUUGUUCGUGUUCGGUAUAAGUUCCGUGAUGUGCGCUAACAAAAUCGAAGCAGCCGGGGAGUGCGGGAAGACCCCGAUUAGGUCGGCUGCGGUAAGUUUAAGCCCGUGCUUAGGAACGGCCGGGAACGCGAAGGUGAAAGUUCCGCCUGGUUGUUGCUCUAAGGUUGGUGCCUUGCUCAAAGCUUCUCCGAGGUGCCUAUGUGCUAUAUUGUUAUCACCAUUGGCAAAGCAGGCUGGAAUCAAUCCUGGAAUUGCCAUUGGCAUCCCUAAAAGGUGCAACAUUAGGAACAGGCAAUCUGGGAAGAAAUGUGGAAGCUACAAGGUUCCAUGAGAAGAAAGAAAC